AUGGCUGAAGGCAGAGCAAUUCACAACAGGGUUGGGAUUUCCCAGGCAGGAAAUGAAGAGAAGAAAGUGAUUGUAAGAGGGCAGAUAGGUUCAAGGCCUCCAAGGUGUGAGAGAAGGUGCAGUUCAUGUGGGCACUGUGAGGCCAUUCAAGUGCCUGCAAACCCCCAAGUCAAAUCAGGCAACAAAAACUCCUCUUCUGUUGCAUCCACCAUUGCUUAUGCCAGAGGUGAUGAAAACUCCAGCAACUACAAGCCCAUGAGCUGGAAAUGCAAAUGUGGAAACUCCAUCUUCAACCCCUGA